UUAACUUUUCCAAACACUCCUCUCGGUGUCCCGCGUCGUGCCAUGCGCUGGAGCGCAACGCGUCUCGGAUCGUGCGCCGCGUCUUUUUUCACUUUUCCUCCAGUUUCUGAGAGUCAUGGCUCCGUUUGGAAGAAACUUCCUGAAAGCUCGGCUGAAGAACAGGCCAAAGGAUGCCGAGCCUGUGGUGGGAAAGGAGAUUCAAGUCACCGUCUGCAAAGAAGAGAAGGUUGUCUGUGGAGUCACAAAACACACAACAUGUGCAGAUAUGAUUCAGGCGUUGCUGGAGGAUCACAAGUCGGUCCCGGAGAGCAAGCGGCUCCUGCACGGCGAGCCCAAAGACUUCUGUCUGGUUGAGCGGUGGAAGGGUUUUGAAAGGGCGCUGCCUCCUCUCACCAGAAUCCUGAGACUCUGGUACGCCUGGGGCGACCAGAGACCCUUCAUCCAAUUCAUUCUGGUCAAAACAAGUGAUUUUGUGCCACAGCCUCCCAAGAAGGCCGGGAAGGCCAAGGCGGCCAGGCCGAAGCGGUGGGAGCACGGUCGAGGGCAGUAUCCCCAAUCGCUGCCGGUGGAGAAGCAGAAGCGCAUGGUUAAAAAGGCCUUCAGGAAGCUGGAGAAACUUCACAAGGAGAGCAAGAGCCUCCCUGGCUCUGACGAGAUCGACCGCAUGGUGCAGCUUAUCCUCAACCAGGACCACGCGAUCCGGGAGCAGAUCCAACGCAUGAGGGACCUGGACUUGGAGAUCGAACGGUUUGAGGUGCAGCUGCAGAGGGAAGCCGAGCGCGAGAGUUUUCUGGCUCAGGCGUGUGGCUCAGACGUGGACGCGAACACAGAGCAGCAGCUCCAGGAGUAUCUGUACACCAGUGAUGGGGUGGAACAGCUGGAGAUUCAGGUCCAGAGACACCAAGAGCUCAUCCUUCAGCUCUCCCAAGACAUCGAUGCUGAGCUGAGGAGGGCCGACCUCUCUCCGGGUGAAGACGACUGCAGAGAGCCCAACGGAGCAGCGGCUGCCUCCUGGACCCCCUCCGACGACGACGACGAGUCAUUUUACUCCGCCGAACUCGAGAGGCUACGCAACGAACUGAAACACAGUCUCUUCGCCGGCGUGUCCCUCCACAACCAGGCUGCAGAAAUAGACAAGCAGCUGAAGUACUUUGACUGUACGCUGGUUUCCAAAGACCAGGAGUGCUGGCAGCUGGCUGCUCAGCUGAGCUCCAUGCAGAUCACGGACAGCGCCGAGGACACGAACGUCGUACCCGUCCCUCUGAAAAGUGACAGUCAGUGCAGUGUCUCCCAGGCGGUGAAACUCAAGCACAGCCUGUCCCCUCUGGACGUCACAGACACAGACUCAGACACUGGGAUCAGCUCCACACACAGCCAGGACUCGCUGUCACCGUGUCUCGAAUUCCCUCCCCCUCUGGACACAGACGUUUGAAGCAGCCAGUCCAUUCUCCGGUCGACAGCAGAGUGUCCUGCAGGCCUCUCACCUGUCUUCUUCACAUUUUAGUCUCAGUCUGACGUAAAAGAGGCGCAGAGGUGCUUUUACAGUAUUCACAAUAUCCUCAUAUUCACUCAGUGUGUUACGUGUGCUGCUAAGUUAUUUAAACCCUGACGCCACUGAUCAAACAUCAACUAUAACAUUCAGCCUAUUGUUAUUUUUUUUAUAUAUAUCAGGGUUCACUGCUUUUGCGUUGCCCAUAAAUCAUAGAUACAAAAAUUCAAAGGUUCUCCCUUCAAAAUUAAACCCAGGAAAAUGACGGACAUUACACUCGUCCAUGCUCACUUUUUACAAACUCUUCUGAAAAAUAGCACUUCAGCAAUGAAUGAGUGAAUGGAUGAUUGGUGAAAAUGUAUUUAAUAUCGUACACAUUUUAUGUUAGCUUGCAUCCUAUCCCCUAAAAUAAGGUGGUUUUGAACAGGGAUUAACUUCUUGUAGUUGUAAGAGUCGUCUAACUUGUUAGCACAUGUUGACAUUGGGCUGAACGGGAGUUCCAUCACUCUUAGUCUGGGUGUUUCUAGUUUCCUUCCCUGGGUUUGUACCCUCCACCCUCUCUGAAGUGAUGGAUACAGGCGGCUUGCUUCCAUCAAUACAUAUAUUAUGCAGCAUAUUCAGCUUUAAGUCAGGGGAAGAGUGCGCUCUGUGCAGAUCACCAGUUCGCCACAGUCACUUUCACUCCUUCAGGCAAUUUUGAGUUAACAAUUAACUUCAAGCACAUAUUUUGGAUUGUCGGAGGAAUGCAGAGAAACCAGAAAAACAAGGAAAAAAAAAAUCUGCACAUGCACAUCAAUAAGACAAGCUCAAGUCUUUGUCCAGGUUUGAAUCUUGAAUAAUGACACUGUUAUAACCACGACCACACUGUGUCACCUGAUUAUGAAGCUCAUGAUCACCAUCUGUUUUAGGCUUUUGUGUACAAAUAACUCAUGAUGCACGCAGAGUGUUUUUCUUGUAAAAGGCCGACAGAUGUUUUACUCAUGAUUGGAGACUAAAAUGAACUGUUGCUAUGAGACAAAGUGAUUUUUCAUUGCACGAUAACAUUUUCUAAUAUCAAGUACAACAUUGUCUUCCAAGCCAUUCCAGGCAAAGUCUGUCGAAAUGCCUUUCUGUGAGGAGGAUCGUAUGUUUUCUGCUUUUUCUAAGAUUAUAUUUGAAGCUGCUUUUCUUUGUACGCACUUAAAUCUGUUUGCAAUGUUUUAUAUUAAAACAAACUGCCUGAUCGGUAAUUUUGAUAAUGAACUGUGCCUGUUUAAAGCCAUUAUUAGAUAUAUUCUACAAAUUCAAUCAAUCAUCCUUAUGCUAUCUCUGAAUCUCAAAAACAUUGUUUUUGUUUUUCUAUUUUUAAUGUUCAGCAGUAAAGCAACACUUUUUUUUAAUUCAUGAUCGUUGUUUUGCUGGCUGAGAUAUUUGAUUUGUUAUAAUUUCACCUGAAACAGAUCUGCUGACUUCGCUAUGAGGAUAUUUGCUGAUGUAAGUAUUGUAAAUAAUCAGGGAUGCACCGAUGCCACUUUCUUAAAGUACGAGUACUGACCUUCAGCCUCUUGCUCAUUCGGAUUCUCGAUACGAGACCUUAUUAAAUGUCAUAGAACCUAAUUCAUGCAGACAAGCAACAUGCAGAGACUGUGCAGUGCCGUGAACCACUUCCACUCUGUCUCUGUCACUGCAGUUUACAGUCUGCUGCAGUUUUUUCCUUCUCAUUGGUAUUGAAGAAUCUCAAAACGUGCGCUCUUGCAUACCGGCAAGUCGUGUUGCUGACACACGACAUCACGUAAUACUUGUGGGAAUUUUAAUAGUUCGUGCUGCAUUGGAUCCAAUACUUGUAUCAUUAUCGGUGCAUCCCUAUAAAUAAUCCUUGUUACGCAGACACAGCUUCGAAAGACAGUUUGUUAAAGCAAUUAAAAGUAUUUAUUGUCACGAAAUUGUAUUUUACAGACAUGACGUUUUAUAGUUCCUCCACCAGAACAAAUCAUGAAUGUUUAAACUAUGUUUGCUAAACUUCUAAAAGAAUAUUAUUGAAUGAAAGUGUACAGUUCAGUUGUCAUAAUAAAGACUAAUAUUGU